AGAACACCGACAGACCAGCAGACCAGCAGAAGGAAACAUGAGAGAGAUAGUUCACAUCCAGGCGGGACAGUGCGGGAACCAGAUCGGUACCAAGUUCUGGGAAGUGAUCAGCGAUGAGCACGGCAUCGACCCGGCGGGGAGCUACGUGGGCGACUCAUCUCUCCAGCUGGACAGGGUCAACGUGUACUACAACGAGGCAUCCUCACAUAAAUUCGUCCCUCGGGCAGUGUUGGUCGACCUGGAACCAGGAACUAUGGACAGUGUGCGCUCAGGAGCCUUCGGACAACUCUUCAGACCAGACAACUUCAUCUUUGGUCAGACAGGUGCCGGGAACAACUGGGCCAAAGGUCACUACACGGAGGGGGCAGAGCUCGUGGACUCGGUCCUGGACAUAGUGAGGAAGGAGUGUGAGCACUGCGACUGUCUCCAGGGUUUCCAGCUGACUCACUCUCUGGGAGGCGGCACCGGCUCCGGCAUGGGCACCCUACUGAUCAGCAAGAUCCGGGAGGAGUACCCGGAUCGGAUCAUGAACACCUUCAGCGUCAUGCCUUCACCUAAGGUGUCGGACACUGUGGUGGAGCCGUACAACGCCACCCUGUCGGUCCACCAGCUGGUUGAAAACACAGACGAGACCUACUGCAUCGAUAACGAAGCUCUUUAUGACAUCUGCUUCCGCACUCUCAAACUCACAACGCCCACCUACGGCGACCUCAACCACCUGGUGUCGGCUACCAUGAGCGGCGUGACGACUUCGCUCCGUUUCCCUGGACAGCUCAACGCAGAUCUCCGCAAGCUGGCCGUCAACAUGGUGCCUUUCCCCAGACUUCACUUCUUCAUGCCGGGAUUCGCUCCUCUGACGGCGAGGGGGAGCCAGCAGUACCGAGCGCUCACCGUUCCUGAGCUCACCCAGCAGAUGUUCGACGCCAGAAACAUGAUGGCUGCCUGCGAUCCUCGCCAUGGACGAUACCUGACCGUCGCCACCGUCUUCCGCGGGCCCAUGUCCAUGAAGGAGGUGGACGAGCAGAUGCUGAACGUCCAAAACAAGAACAGCAGCUACUUCGUGGAGUGGAUCCCCAACAACGUCAAGGUGGCCGUCUGUGACAUCGCUCCCCGGGGGCUCAAGAUGGCCGCCACCUUCAUCGGCAACAGCACGGCCAUCCAGGAGCUGUUCAAGCGGAUCUCGGAGCAGUUCUCGGCAAUGUUCCGCCGAAAGGCCUUCCUGCACUGGUUCACCGGCGAGGGCAUGGAUGAGAUGGAGUUCACGGAGGCAGAGAGCAACAUGAACGACCUGGUGUCUGAAUACCAGCAGUACCAGGAGGCCACCGCCAACGACGGGGACGAGAACUUUGAGGACGAGGAGGACGAGAUCGUUGAGAGCUGGGAUGCAGACCGACAGCUUGACGAGCCAAUCACGGAGCAGGAAGACAACUUUAGCCCAAUGGAUUAAAGGCGGAGGCGGGUCAUUGUCCACAAUGAUCCUGUUGGAUUAAAGCAGCGUCAGGUUAGGUCAGGCCGGUUUCUGUCACUGAAUGAAGUCACAUGUUUCCUGUAUAUUUCAUUUUGUAUUUACAGGAAUGUUUUGUUUUCAUUCUGAACAAUCAUACAAACUUAAUGUUCUUUGACAGAAGUUUGAAUCAGACGCUGAAACAUUCUACUGUACAUACAGUAUUCACACACACACACACACACACACACAUAUAUAUAUUAAAGUUUUCUAACACCGCUUUAAGAUCCAGAAGACAGGUCAGGCUCAAAACAAAGAGACUGUUGCUGCGGGUGAAUAUUAUGAUUUUUAUGUACCAUGUCUUGCACAGACGCUUGUAUUAUUAAUUUAUAUUAUUCUUCUAUAAUUAAACAGGAUUCAC